CGAAGCCGCCAGUCGAACGACGAAUCUCAAGCCAGACGGUUGCCAUCGCACAUUUCAAAUCUCGCGCCAAGAUCAAGUGAAUCGGAAUACGAGUAUCUUACUCAUACAUCGCGCUCUUCGUGGGAAUUCGUUUCACGAUCCAAACUCGAUCCGAAGGAUACCGGCGAGCCAUUCGGGGUGCCAAAGCGCCACACGUAACUGACAACAGUGUGACGAAAGCGGGAGAAAAAAGAUAGUGGCGACGUAACCGUUACGCUUAAGUGCAAGCAACUGUUGCAUUUGCCAAUUUGCCCCAUUUUGUGUGUCCGACUGAGCGUGAGCGUUGUUUGGCCAGCCAGUGAGCAGUGAGUGAGUGUCUGGAGUGAGUGUCGCCUUGAGUGCCUGAGUAUUUGAAGUUUGGGUACGAUUGCCCUCUUGCCGGCCUUCCGAUGCGGCCCACCGUCGAGGUCAAGGGUCGUCUGCUGAUGACCCUGCUGCUGCACUGCCUCGUGGCUCUGGAGGUGUGCGGACGGGCCGGUGCCUUCACCCUCCUCUCGCCCUUCAGCUACAGCUCCCUGAGCUUCAAGAACCUGCUCAACUCCGUCCUGCUCUCGAGCAACCCCAAUCUUGCCGGCGGCGGUAGGAACCUCAAGUCGGAUGUCCUCGAGGAUGCCUCCCUCAUCACGCCCAAAUUAAUACGCAAAUAUGGAUAUCCAUCGGAAACCCACACGGUGGUGACGAAGGAUGGCUAUAUCCUGGAAAUGCAUCGCAUUCCCAAGAAGGGUGCUCAGCCGGUUCUUCUGAUGCACGGCAUUCUGGAUACCUCCGCAACCUGGGUGCUGAUGGGACCCAAGUCCGGAUUAGGCUACAUGCUCUCCGAUCUGGGCUACGACGUGUGGAUGGGCAACUCGCGGGGCAAUCGGUAUUCGAAAAACCACACCAGUUUGAACAGCGACUACCAGGAGUUCUGGGACUUCACCUUCCACGAGAUGGGCAAGUACGACCUUCCGGCCAAUAUCGACUACAUCCUGAGCAAGACGGGAUACGAGCAGGUCCACUACAUCGGUCACUCCCAGGGAACAGCCAUCUUCUGGGUCCUGUGCUCCGAGCAGCCCGCCUACACCCAGAAGAUAACCUCGAUGCACGCCCUGGCGCCCAUCGCCUACAUCCACGACAUGAAGAGCCCCCUGUUCCGCACCCUGGUCCUCUUCCUCGACUUUCUCACGGCCGCCACACGAAUGCUGCGCAUCACAGAAUUCAUGCCCAACACAAAAUUCCUAGUGGACCACAGCCAGGUUGUGUGCCACGACAACGCCAUGACGCAGGACGUCUGCUCGAAUAUCCUGUUUUUGGUCGCCGGCUACAACUCCGAACAGCUGAACAAAACCAUGCUUCCUGUCAUGCUGAGCCACACGCCCUCGGGAGCUUCGAUUAAGCAGCUGGAGCACUUUGGUCAGCUGAUGAAGUCGGGCCACUUCCGGAAGUUCGACCGCGGCUAUUUGCGCAACCAGCUGGAGUACAAUCGGAUGACUCCGCCGGACUACGACUUGUCCAGGGUGAAAGUGCCGGUGGCACUGUACUACUCGGUGAAUGAUCUGCUCGUUUCCACCACGGGCGUGGACCGUUUGGCCCGGGAACUGCCCAAUGUGAUCGACAAGUAUUUGGUGCCCAUGGAGCGUUUCAAUCACCUCGACUUCCUGUGGGCCAUCGAUGUAAAGCCACUUGUAUACAAUCGCCUUGUGCGAAAUGUGCGCCGGGUGGAGAAUCAUCGGGCCAAGCUUACGGCCAAUUUGGCCAAUUAUCUGGCCAUGCAGCUGCAGCGCCAGCAGCUCCGCCAGCAGAUGCAGCAGCAGAUGAUGGAGGGACUGCCGCCCAAUGUGCACCUGCCCCACGGAUUGGGCAUGGAAAUGUUGGCCAGGACAACCACCUUUGCUCCGGCCACACAUCCCACCACAACCAUGCCCAUGCCCAUGCCCACGACAACGACGGAGGAUGCUGCGGAGGAUGAGGGACUGACUACCACCGCCGCCGCUGCCGCCACCGCAACGGAAGUUUCGGCGUGACUUUGACGCCGUGUGGCCAAGCUCGUUUCGUUCCACUUCCAUAUGACUGUGAUGACAUUUUUAACAAUUUACCGAUCGCAGCAUCGCCAAGUUCUCCGGCUGGAGGACCGCAGGUGCAAUCACUCAGGCGCAAUCCAUUCCCAUCCAUCCAAGAAGCAUCCCACAGAGAGCCCCAACUUCGAUACGUCCACUUUUUACACCAGAAUUGUUCGAUUCGUCUUCUGUGCUACUCUCAAUACUUUAAUUUAUGUGUACAAAUUUAUGAGUAACUUUAAAUGUACGUCUAUUUUUAAUAAAAAAAAAUACUUUAAGAAAAUCU